UCGCGGAUCCGGCCGGCAGCCGGUAGUGCGCUCCGGGCGCUGCUGGGCGCGAGGUCGGAAUCGGGCCCCGGGUGCGCCCCGCUGGCAGCGGCGGCAUAGCAGCCAUGGCGGAGGCGGCGCCGCAGCACCUGGCGCUGCCCUCGGGGCUGUUGGAGCUGUGCGUGCUGUUGGGGGCCCCCCGGGACAUUCUCCGAGGCCCCGAGCAGGUGGCCCAGAGAAAGGGGCUCCCAAAUCCUUCUGCCCUCGAGCCCGAGGUGCUGUCCGUCUUCGUGCCGCCCUUCGUCAGCAAGGAGGACGGACAGACGGCCGGCAGCAGCUGCGGGACCCUCGGCAGAACCAAGAGGCGCUCCUUCAGGAAGAAGAGAGAGAAGCCCAGGGCGGACCCCGGCCAGGGCCCCGCGGGGCCCCGAGAGACGGACACUGAGGACGUCAGCGUCCCCGACGGCGUGGACCUGCUGGCCCUGCCUCAGCUGUGCUUCCCAGGGGGCCUGUGUGUGGCCUGGGAACCUCAGGAGGACCGUGUCCACUUCCUGGUGCUGACGGACGUCUGCGGGAACCGGACGUACGCCGCCGUGGCCCAGUACUACCGGCCGCUGCACGACGAGCACUGCUUCUACAGCGGCAAGCCCCCCCGGGAGUCGUCCCGACUGAGCGUGGGCGCCGCCGGCUGCUUCGUGCCCUUCGCCGUGUGCGUGAUCUCGCGGUUCCCCUACUACAACGCCCUCAGGGACUGCCUGUCCUGUUUGUUGACUCACCUGAAGCUCUGCAAGGAUUUCGAAGUUGACAAUCACAUCAAAGAUUUUGCUGCAAAAGUCUCUCUGAUCCCCAGCCCCCCACCGGGACCGCUGCACUUGAUAUUCAACCUGAAGCCGCUGCAGAUCGUGUUCCCCUCGCGCGCGGACCCCGAGAGCCCCGUCGUCGACCUGGACCUCCACCUGCCGCUGCUGUGCUUCCGGCCCGAGAAGGUGCUGCAGAUCCUGGCGUGCCUGCUGACGGAGCAGCGGCUGGUCUUCUUCUCGGCGAGCUGGGCGCUGCUGACGCUGGUGGCCGAGUGCUUCCUGGCCUACCUGCACCCGCUGCGCUGGCAGCACACGCUGGUGCCCAUCCUGUCCGGGCAGAUGCUGGACUUCCUCAUGGCGCCCACGGCCUUUCUCAUGGGCUGCCACCUCAGCCACUUGGAAGAAGUCAGCAAGGAAGCGGACGGUUUGGUUCUGAUCAACAUCGAUAGUGGGAGCGUCACCUGCUCGGGCAGCGACGUCCCCGACAUCCCCCUGCUGGCGGCGCAGACCUUCAUUCAGAGGGUCCAGAGCCUCCAGCUGCACCACGACCUGGACCUCGCCCAACGGGGCGCCAGCACCGACGUGAACGAGGGGCGAGCCCGCAGGUGGGCCUGGCAGCAGAGGCUCAACCGCCAGAUCCAGCAGCUCACCCUGCAGCUGCUUGUCAGCAUCUUCAGGGAGGUGAAGAACCACCUGAACUACGAGCACCGCGUGUUCAACAGCGAGGAGUUUCUCAAAACCCGCGCCCCCGGGGACCAGCGCUUCUACAAGCAGGUCCUGGACACGUACAUGUUUCACUCCUUCCUUAAAGCCCGGCUCAGCCGGAGGCGGGAUGCCUUCGCGCAGAUGGAGCUCAGCACCCAGCCGGAGGAGGACAGAAUGAAUGGGAUGCUUCUGAGCCCAAGGAGACCGGCCAUCGAGAAAACGGCCUCUCACAAACCUUCGCCCGGGCGCGCGGCCCGCCGGCGCAUGGUGGUCAGCAUGCCCAACCUGCAGGACAUCGCGGGCCCCGAGCUGCCGCCCAGGAACGCGUCGCUGCGGAAGGCGGAGGCCGAGGGCUGCAGCUGCAGCAGCGCAGCUCUGGAUGUGAGCCCCAAGCCCACGUACACGUUCAAGAUCCCCGAGGUGCACUUCCCCCGGGUGCGCCAGUGCGUGCAGACCUACUACGCGGACUGCGUGGCCCAGCUGAGCAAGGCCAUGGGCUGCGUGGCCCCCGACAACUCGGUGCUGCUGGCGCGGUACCUGUACCUGCGGGGCCUGGUGCGCCUGGCGCAGGGCCAGCUGCUGGACGCGCUGCUGGACUUCCAGAGCCUCUACAAGACCGACCUCAGCGUCUUCCCCGCCGAGCUGGUGCGCAGCGCCGUGCAGGCCCUGCCGGGCCCCGAGCGCGCCCAGGCCGAGCGCACGCCCGAGCUGCGCCGGCUCAUCAGCCAGGUCCUGGACAAGCCGGGCGAGGCCCCCAAGGCCGACGACCGCGUGAAGCACUUCGAGCUGCCGAGCCGGCACCUGCCGCUGGGCGACUUUGUGCAGCGGGUGCAGGAGUCGGGCAUCGUGAAGGACGCCGGCCUCAUCGGGCGCCUGUUCGAGGCCCUGACUGUCGGGCAGCAGAAACUGAUCGACCCGGAGACGUUCAGAGACUUCUACACCUGCUGGAAGGAGACAGAGGCCGAGGCGCAGGAGGUCCGCCUGCCCGCGGCCGUGACGGAGCACCUGGACAAGAACGAGUGCGUGUACAAGCUGUCCGGCUCCGUGAAGACGAGCCGCGGCGUGGGCAAGAUCGCCAUGACCCAGAAGCGGCUGUUCCUGCUGACGGAGGGCAGGCCCGGCUACGUGGAGAUCGCCACCUUCCGGAACAUCGAGGAGGUCAGGAGCACCACGGUGGCCUUCCUGCUGCUCCGCAUCCCCACGCUGAAGAUCAGGUCGGCCGCCAGGAAGGACGUCUUCGAGGCGAACCUGAAGGCGGAGUGCGACCUGUGGCACCUGAUGGUGAAGGAGAUGUGGGCGGGGAAGGCGCUGGCGGACGGCCACAAGGACCCGCAGUACGUGCAGCAGGCGCUGACGCACGCCCUGCUGAUGGACGCCGUGGUGGGCGCGCUGCAGACGCCCGAGGCCAUCUACGCCGCCUCCAAGCUGUCCUACUUCGACAAGAUGCGGAGCGAAAUGCCCGCGGCCGUUCCCAAGACAACGGCGGAGACGCUGAAACACAAGAUCAACCCUUCGGCCGGGGAGACCUUCCCGCAAGCCGUGGACGUGCUGCUGUACACGCCGGGGCACCUGGACCCGGCGGAGAGGGCGGGGGACGCGCGCCCCAAGCUGUGGUGCGCCCUGCAGGCGGGCAGAGUGAUGGUGUUCGACGCGUCGUCCUGGAGCCUCCACCAGCACUGCGUCCGCGUGGGCUCCUCCGCGCUGAACUGCAUGGCGAUGGUGGCGCAGGGCCAGGUGUGGGUCGGCUCUGAGGACUCCGUCAUCUACAUCAUCAGCGUCCACAGCAUGUCCUGCCACAAGCAGCUCACCGAGCACCGCGCCAGCGUCACCGGCUUCGUGGUGCAGGACGGGCCAGACGCGCCCAGCCAGGUGUACUCGUGCAGCGUGGACGGGGCGGUCCUGGCGUGGGACGUGAGCACGCUGCAGGUGACCCGCAGGCUCCAGCUGCCCGGCAGUGGCCUCUCGUCCAUCCAGCUGCACGCCGACUGCCUGUGGUGCUGCACCGGGAACAGCAUCAUGGCCGUGAACAGCUGUGUCCGGCAGGAGCUGAGGAUCGACGAGAACUUCCAGGAGAAGAGCACCACCUUCGUGGCCUUCCAGCUCCUCCCCGAGCAGGAGCAGCUGUGGGCCGCGUGCGCGGGGUACGACGACAUCUACGUCUGGGGCCUGGGGGACCUGGCCCGGCCGCCCGGGAGGGUCCACCUGCCCGACUGCGCCCAGGUCACCUGCAUGAUCCGGGUGAAGCGGCAGGUGUGGGUGGGCGGCACGGGGCUGUCGCCGGGGAAGCCCCGGGGGAAGAUCUACGUGGUGGACGCCGAGAGGAAGACGGUGGAGAAGGAGCUGGUGGCGCACGCGGACACCGUGAGGGCGCUGUGCUCGGCCGAGGACAGAUACGUGCUGAGCGGCUCCGGCCCGGAGGAGGGGAAGAUCGCCAUCUGGACCGUGGAGUGAGGGGGACAGUGCAGGUCGCAGCUGCGCUGGGGGCACCGCGCCUCCUGCCCGCUCCCCGCGCUCCCAGGAGCCUGUCGGGCCGGGCGCACCCGCUGCAGGCGCCCUCCCCCCCAGGACCGGCGCUUCUCCCGGACGUUCCUGAUGAAACUACGGCCCGUCCUGUGCUCCUGGCCGGCAGCAGGCUCAACCCUGCGAGAACCUCUGCCCAGAUACUGCCCUGAGCGCGGUCUGGAAGGUUCCAGAGCCCACGCCGGCACCGGAGCCAGGCACAGCUGAGCGGGCUGCGCGCCUCUGGGCCCCAUUCGCGCCCGAGCCCCGCACAUGUGGCUCCUGCCUCCAGCCCAGCUGCCCCCGCAGCAGGCGAGGCCGCCAGGGAGGGACACGCGGGACAGGCUGCGGGCGGUCGGGCCGUGAAGGCCAGCCCUGGGCCUGUUCUUUCUAGUGAACGCGGAGCCUCUGUCAUUAAGAGACGCAGGGAGAUGGCCUCCCACCGCAGAGCUGGGGCCCAGCCCCCGCAGGCCGCACUCCAGGAGGCGCGGCGUCUCUAAGGGCAGGUGACUCCGCUGUCACCCAGUGUUUGCCAAGAAGCCUUUUGCACACGGCCCCGUGCUGUGGCCUCUCGUUCCCCACAGCCCACGAGGGAUGUGUGGUGCGGUCGCCGGGCAGAGUGUGGAGUUUGGGGGCUCGAGGCCCCGCAGCCCUCGCUGCCUGAGGUCGGGAGGUGCGAGUCGGACCCCAGGCCAGGGCUCCGGGAUGGUGCCUGGGGCCCCUGCAUUUAGGAAGGUCCGGAGUGGGGGCGGCACUUGGGGGUCUCCUGGGAGGUUCCCCCGGAGUCUGCUCACCAGGGGCACAUGCUCCCAGCACCUAGGGCGUUCGGCCAGCAGUGGUGUGUGUGCGUGUGUGUGUGUGUGUGAUUCUGCUUUUAUAAACACCUGACACGUUCCCUUAAAAGUCUGAGGCCUCACCUCCCAGGCAGCGAACUGUCCACUCGGCUCCGACGUCCACUCUCCUUUCCCUCCGAGACCCGCAGCAGAGAUCCGGGGCCACAGGAUUAGCUCGAGAGUCACCCGAGCCCGUCACGUGACUGUCAGGCAGGUUCUCCAUUCUCUUCCCUCUUGGCGAGACUUUCCAAGAUCCUAUUUGCCAGUCAUUGCAUUGAAAACAGCUGCCCGGCCGGCGUGGCCCAACGGUUGAGCAUCGACCUAUGAACCAGGAGGUCACGGUUCAAUUCCCAGUCGGGGCACAUGCCCGGGAUGUGGACUCCAUCUCGGGGGGGGGGGGGGGCGUGCAGGAGGCAGCCCAUCAGCGAUUCUCUCUUCACUGAGGUCUGUCUCUCCCCCUCCCUCCCUCUCCCAUCAAUGAGGACACAUUUAAAGAACACGUGCCGGCGACCCAGAGGCUUUCGGCCGACGGUCGUUCACAGAAGAGACGGCCGGGCCGAGGGCUGCCGCAGUAGGCUCCACCCCGGACCACGCGUCUGGGGGGGGAAGGGCACGUCCUGCCUCGGGUCCUCUGGGCUUGGAGAGCCGUCUCGGGAGCCCCCAGGGAGCCGGAUCCACACGGGCAGGACCCCCUGCCUGCGCAGGGCCAGGAUGGUACAACGGGUGCGCCCAGUGCUGAUGGACAUGGUGACGCCGGAUCGCUGCUCACCGGGAGCUGUGCCAGGAGCCGGGCCGGGCAGUGCGCCGCUGCCUCCGCGCCCUCCACACGCCUCUCCGGCCCCCGCGGCCCUCCCAGCGCAGAUGGCGCCUCCUCUGUCCCAUCCGUCUGCCCUCCAGCUGCCAGAAGUCCUGUUGGUGGUCCCUACUCUGGCCUUUCACUGUGUGUGUGUGUGCAUGUGCGAGUGUGCGUGUGAGUGUGUGUGCGAGUAUGUGUGUGCUCGCGCGCGAGUGUGUGUGUGUGAGUGUGUUUUGAUCAUUUCUAAGGGCCCAGAAGAGACUCUAUGUCCGUGCCCCUUUCUGCACCUCUCAGAGCUCAGUGUCCUGGUGUAAGAAUUAAUCUCCCCAGUGUGGGAGGUGAUGGCGUAAAAUCCUCCCACCGCGGCCUGACUGGUGAGCUCAGUGGUUAGAGCACUGGCCCAAGCACCAAAGGAUCGCAGGGUCGAUUCCCAGUCAAGGGCAUGUACCUGGGUUGUAGGUUCGAUCCCUGGUUCGUCAGGGUGGGUUCAGGAGGCAACCAAUGGAUGUCUCUCUCCCCCGCCUCCCUCCCCCCCCUCCCUCAGAAAAGCAAUGGAAAGAUACCUCCUGUGAGGAUGAACAGAAACCUAGAUGAAGACUCGCGCACGUGGACGCAGGCAGCGCGGGUCCGUUUCUCACUGAGACCUAACUUCCGAUUUGCCGAUCCACUGCUCGCGCCCUCCAGCGCCGUGGGGCCUCCGGGGACUUCCCGCUCUCCCCAGGGACACCUGCAGGGCGUGGAAUGUUCAUGAUAAACAAGACACGGAGACAGACAGAUGAAUAUAAACAAGAUUUUUUUCUAAUAA